AUGCAGUCAAAAUGCUUGCCAAUUCUGUGGCAUUCCAGUGAUUCGCUCGUGGUGGCUGCUCCGACUGGAUCAGGAAAAACAGUGCUGCUUGAAUUAGCAAUAUGUCGAGCAGUGGAAGACUAUGGUAGUGAAGCACUGGCCGUCUACAUAGCUCCAACAAGGUGUCUAGUUCAGCAAAAGGUUAGCGAAUGGCGCGAGAGGUUCGCGGCCCUCCGACUUAAAGUUACCGAGGUUACGGGUGAUUUAAACGAAGUUUGCGACGCGGGAAAUGGCGAUAUGUCGACCAAUCUUAUCUGCACAACACCGGAGAAAUGGGAUACGGAGCUUCGCCUUGGAGCCGGAUAUACGUGGCUGAGCAGUAGAAAGGUUAGCGUGUAUCUUAUUGACGAGGUUCAUAUGGUCGGGGAACCUGACCGUGGGCCUAUCCUUGAAGCGGUUUUGACGCGUACAAUAGUGCGCUGCAUGCCUCAGUCUUUACUUCCGAGAUUUGUAGCUAUAUCUGCAACGAUCGCCAAUCCUAAUGAUAUAGGCCAAUGGCUUGGUCGUAAUACUCCAUGGCACGGAUACUCGUUUGGAGAGCGGGCGCGUACGAUUCCCAUCGAAGCAUCUGUCAAAGGUGUUUACUGUCCUCCAGAUCGGUCUCCGUUUCACUUCGAUGCUAAUCUUAACUAUAAACUACCAUCGCUACUUCGAGAGGUGCUACCAGCAAAUAAAUCAGCAAUUAUUUUUGUAUCUAGUCGUGCAGCUACAGUGAUCUGCGCACGGUGCCUCGUCAACAAGCAGUCGUGGGCUCGUUCUAGUUCCAGAGAAGAACUCCGGCGAGUGGCCAGAUUUUGCAAAGAUAAAAAACUUAGCGAUUAUCUAGAGCAUGGGGUGGGUUUUCACAACGCCGGACUCAGUUCCGAAGAUCGCAGUCUUGUCGAAAAGACUUUCAAUCAAGGCGACCUUCGAGUCCUCGUGUGUACGAGCACACUUGCCAUGGGUGUAAACUUGCCUGCAUACUUAGUGGUUGUUAGAGGAACGACGAUGAUAACCGGAGGCAUUUGUGGACAAUAUUCCGCUGCGCGGAUUCAUCAGAUGAUAGGACGGGCAGGCCGGCCAGGGUUGGAAGGAUCCGGUAAAGCCAUCAUUAUGACAACAUCGAAUCAUGUGGCUCUUUCACCGGAACUCUUGUAA